UUUCAGAAGCCUCCAACAUCCAAACAUUCUGCAAUGCCUGGGACUGUGCACAGAGACCAUCCCUUUUCUCCUUAUCAUGGAGUUCUGUCAGCUGGGGGACCUGAAACGUUAUCUGAGAGCCCAGCGGAAGGCAGAUGGAAUGACACCAGACCUUUUGACCUGUGACCUUACAACCUUACAGAGAAUGGCAUAUGAAAUUACACUUGGACUCAUGCACCUUCAUAAAAAUAAUUAUAUCCACAGUGAUCUUGCCCUAAGAAACUGCCUUCUUACCUCUGAUCUGACUGUCCGAAUUGGAGACUAUGGCAUUUCUCACAAUAAUUACAAGGAGGAUUACUACAUUACUCCAGAUCGACUCUGGAUCCCAUUACGUUGGGUUGCUCCAGAACUUUUAGAUGAAGUUCAUGGAAACUUAGUUGUGGUAGACCAGAGCAAGGAAAGCAAUGUCUGGUCUCUAGGAGUUACAGUAUGGGAACUCUUCGAAUUUGGAAGUCAGCCAUAUCGUCACCUGUCAGAUGAGGAAGUGCUGACAUUUGUGAUCAAGGAGCAGCAAAUGAAACUGGCCAAGCCUCGACUUAAGCUACCCCAUUCAGAUUACUGGUAUGAAGUGAUGCAGUCCUGUUGGCUAUCUGUUGAACAAAGACCUACAGUAGAAGAACUUCAUCUACAGCUCACAUACUUGUUAAAUGAAUGCUCCAAUCAGACAGAGGAGAGUUUUGAGUGGCGGUGGAAUGCACUUAAACCAAGCAAAUCUUCAGUGGGCCCUUUGCGUCACUCAGAUGAGAUUUCUGCAUUUCCACUACUAGAUAACUUUAAUGGUGGGGAUGGAUUUCAUGCAGAUAUGGAUGACAUCUUGACUGUAACAGAAAGCAGCCGUGGACUUAACUUUGAAUAUAUGUGGGAGAAAGCCAGACUGGGACGAUGGAAGGCAAACUCACAAUGCCAAGACUAUCCAUCUAAUAAUGGGAGUUUGACUGUGCCUGCUAAUCCAUUUUAUGACUCUAGCCAUCAGCAUUCACGUCAGAGUUUGGAGACUCCGAGUGUGGUUCCAGUUAUCAGUGCUCGUAGUCCAUCAGUAAGCAGUGAAUAUUACAUUCGCUUGGAGGAACAUGCAGACAGAGAAAGUGGUGUGGACUGUACUGUCUGUGCACCAAGUCCGAUCUAUGAGAGAAAGUAUGAUAUGCAGGAGCAAAGAACACUUCAUCAGCGCUUGUCCCUUGGGAGCCCAGCUUCCCCAAUUGAACCACUUUUUUCUUCAGACUGGGACCCACUUGAAAGUGGCAGAACUAGUCCAGAUGAUCCUCCUGCUCAUCUAAUAUUACAUGAAGUUCCUAAACUUAUAGAUAGAUGGACACCUAGUAACAAUAAUCCCUUUAUAACUGUAGGAAGAGACCUGCCUCGUUAUGUAAACCCAUUCCGCGGCUCAGUUGAGAGAGACUUGUCAAGACAGGUACAGGAGACCUCCUUAAUGGAGCCAUCUUUGCCUGAUGUCUUUUCUUCUGAUUCAAUCCUGAAUGUUUACAGAGACAUUGAAGAUCAUAGAAGGAGCUGGGAUUCUGAUACUCUUGAAGAGAGGGGUGCUGGGGAAACCCUUGCUGGAGACCCAGAGUCUUUGGCAGAAUUUUUGGAUGAUCGAGCUUCACCUUGGGAUUGUGAGCCCUCACUAAUGGAAGACCAGAGCACAGAAAGCAGCAGCAGUAGUACAGAUAAUAGCAGUCACCGCAACAUGCCCUCUUGUCCCUUGUGUAGUAGAGGUGUGAUGGGCAGUCUGCAGAGAUGCUCUUGUGCUAUGUUGCGUGGAGAUGUGGUAAUUGACUGGACCACACAUGUUGCCAUGCAUCAGGAUCAUUAUGGCUUAGAUGAUGAUUCUUCUUUAAAAGUUGAGCAAGGUUCUCUAUCUGAGUGUUCUAUACCUGCUCGAACUUUUGGUGAUGGAGAUCUCUAUGCUGGACCCUUUGGAGACAGUCUUUGUGCUGCAGAACACCAAGAGUUUUAUGAUCCUUUAAUGGGAGCAGCUGUGAAAAGCUAUGACAUUCAGGACUAUCGUAACCGCAGUCAAUUAAAGACUUAUGAAUCACUACAAAAGAGUAUUACCAACCACCCCCCUUCCCCUUUCAUAGGAAUUUCCAACUCAAUGGCCAAUUGCAGUGUAAUUGUCCCUAUUGAAAUCCCACCUCUUUCCACACUUGCAGAAAGCAUAGAAGAAGAGGAGACAAUUGAGAUUGCUCCAGAUGUGUUAAAACAAUUCCCAUUGAACCAUAACACACUAAACUCAGUGAAAACACCACAGGACUCUAGGGCAACAUUAGAUUCUGUUGAUUCCUUGGACAUCCCUUCAAACACCAGCUCAUCAGAUGUAUGUAGUCCUUCAUCUCACUUUUCAUCUCCUGGGCAAAAGUUUGGAGACAGUGGCUAUGAUACAGAAAACACAUUUUCUCCAGAGUUCAUCAUUAAAGAUGUUAAAGAGGAAAAGGAAGAAGACAUGGGUCUUAAAGAUUUGAAGCUACCCUUGACUCCUAUAUCAGAGUCAACAAGUGACUUGACUUUGACAGAAGAUUUUUCUGAACCACAAGCUACACCUAUGGAAGAAGAAUCUUCUCUUAGAACAUUAAAUCUUGCAACACCUUACCGAGAUUCUGCUUACUUUUCUGAUUAUGAUAAUGAAACAGAUAAACAUGGCAGAGCUGCAUGUCAGAAGCUUGAAGGUGGUAAUACAAAUGGGGUGUGUACAGAGGAAAUAUCUGUUGUUAUAUCAACUGCAGAAGAAGACCAGAGUCAUGAGACUCAUGAAGUUAAAAGCAUAGAAGAUGCCAGUCCACACAAAGAAUCUGUUGAGGACAAAUUUGAAGAAUGUUCCAAAGCUGAAAAUAAAGAACAAAAUCAUCAUAAGAUAGACAUGCUAGAAGGUAAUGUUAAAGGAGGUGAAGAAGAGAUUUUGAACUGUAAUGGUGGAACAAACACAGUACCAGAGGACAAUAUAAGUCAAAUUGUCUGUGAAAAAUCCUGUGUAAAUUUACAGGAAGUAAAUAAAGACCAUUUUCCCAUUAUAGAUCAGAGAAAUUCAAAUGAAAACAUGCUAAAAAAAUCAGAAAGUGGCUUUGUAGUACAGGUCUGCAAAGAACAGCUACUUGUCUCCCUGAGAGAAAAUGUGACCAGGAAUGUUCUAUCUACCUUUGAGUCAGGAACUGUAAAUUCAUGUGUUUUGAAAGACCAAGCAGUUUUAAAGUUGUGGUCUAUGGAGCCCAAAACAAAUCCAUAUAUCGAAGAAAAAUUAAAGAGUGAACUUUUGUAUAAAGAAUCAUCUGAACUCACUGAGCCUGGGGAAAACAAGUCUCCAACAAGUGAUCUCACUCUGGCCAUAACAGAUUCCACUGAAGAAUCCUCUACAGUUAAGCUGAAUGAGGAUCAAGAUGAACCUGAAAACAUUGAACCAGAAACACACAAGUUGGAAGAUGAAUUAAUGGAUGGAAAAGAAGAUUGUAAACAUGAACCCAACGAAGACACUGCUUCAUUGUCAUUAGAAACAAACCCUUGACAACAGUGAGAUGAACCCAGGAGACCAUCCUACCGGAGAAAAAGAUUGGUCAGUGCCAGAUCAUAGAGCACUCUUUCUAGAUUUUGGAUCAUUUACAGCUUCUGGGAGUGAAGCUAUUAAAGCAAAAGUUGCCAGGCUUUCCCUGUCUCUUCCACCACUGAACCUUCAGGGAUUCCAAAGCUCCCCUGGGCUAAAGACUUUCUGGGAUAAUAAUGUUGAAAAAAGAGAUUUACAAUUCAAGGAAGAUGAGGAUGAGGAUGAUGAUGGGUUUGGACUUCAAGAGCCACAGAGGACAGGCUCCGAGUUUGAAGGAGAGGUGACUGGGAUCCCAAUUGUAGUAUCUGAGACAGAUGAUGGGCGUAAUUUGCGUAGUCUGCUAAAAUCGCCAAAAUCAGCUGAUGAAGUGGAUGAUGACUUUGAUCGGAAGAGGAAGAUGGUGUCCUUCUUUGAUGAUGUAACUGUUUAUCUUUUUGACCAGGAAACGCCUACAAAUGAAUUAAGCAAUCUUAAUGCAGCAGAGAAUGAACUUAUUCCCCAGAAUCCUUCCUUAGAGUCAAGUAUGGAUGCUUUUUCAUCAACAGAUGGCUUCAGUGGAAGUUUUGAAUGGGAUGAUGACUUUCCUCUGAUGACACAGAACUCAACAUUCCUUCCUAUGGCAGCAGAGGGAGCUGCUCUCAAGUCACCGAUAAGUCCUACUAUGCCGUCACCUCCUCCACUCCCUGGGAAAAGAGUGGAAGGAAAUUUGAUGGACUCACUGCGAUUCACUCGCUUUACUGUCUCGCCUGCUGUAGACCCACACGUUCCACUGUGUGAAACUGAUGUAGCGCCGCCUGCAGG